CGGAGAGACGGCGCCGCCUAGAGCCUGUCAGAGACCAAGGCUAGACUAGGGGCCGUGAUCUCAAAGCAGAAGUACGGCGUCUCUAUGGGAAGGAUUCCAAAUCAUGGCCCCGAGACAUGCUGAGGGAUAUACGAAGUACAUACUCCGUUACGGGGGACAUGAUUCCAAGGUUCAUGGGAACGAAAGUGAGGCGGUUCCAGCCUCACCCCUCACACUUGAACUCAGGAGCACAGUCAUCAAUCGCAUCGAUUAGUGGUCAAUCGAGAAGAGAGAUCGUCAAGUCAAGGACGAUUGGACGAGCGACAUACGAUGGGCUUGCCUCGUGCUUGUUCUGACAGCUGCUCCUCGUGCCAGCUGUGGAGCAGAGUGUCCUGUCAUUACUCUGGUGACGUUGACUCACUGGACUACGGCGGAGUAGGCAAAGUACUCUACAUGGCGCUAGUCUCGGCGAUAUCUGGAGAUGCGAUGCGAUGCGAUCUCCUCGGUAUCAAUCGGAAGCUUGUCCGCACAACUGCAUGCUCAAGGGUGAACCCCUCUGGCAGAGUUGGAAUGUGUUCCUGCGUAAUGAGAACAAUGGCACGAACGAAGUACGAACAAAGUACGAACAAACGACACCGCAUGGAUCCCAACAUUCACUCCACCAUAGGGGUUAUCAUAAUGGUAUUAUGCUUGGCCUCUCUCCCUGAGCUGGUGCCGUCAUUGGGGCUCGUACCUGGGCUCGUACCGACCAUGUCCCAUUCUCUCCCUCAUACCCCUCCGGAAUAGUCACCAUCAUUAUCAGCUAUGAGCAUCAUCAAGGCAACUCUAUUCACCUCUCACCCCAUAGGUUGAAGCAGACCGAGGCCCCCU